GGAGGCGGCAGGGGCGGGGACUGCCCGCGCGGAGCGCGGCUCGCUGCCAUUCCGCCGGGCGAGGAGGAGGGCCCUGCCCGGCCGCCCGCCGCUGCCCCCUCCUCCGCGCCGGGGGACCGCGGCGACCGGGGCGGGGGGCGGGAGAGGUGAUGUGCGCGGGCCGGGGGCUGCGGCGGCGGCGGGAGGCGAGACGGCGCGGCGCUGGAGGGUCUGUCCGGCGGGCCGGGGCCGGGGGGAUGCGCCGGAGGACAUGUCUGGCUCUGGGUGUCGCUGAUUGGAGAAGAAAGGCCGCCGCCGCGCGGAGAGGCCGCGGGGCCGCGGAGGAGAGCCGCCCUGACAUGCGUUUCCCUCUCCCUCCUCUCCAGCGGCCAUGUUAACCAGGAAACCCGCUGCUGGCGCCGCCGCCGGUGCUGCCUAUCCGGCCGAUCGGAGGCAGUAAGCACACAAUGAAUGAGCACCUCCAUGUGGGUAGCCACGGACAAAUCCAGGUUCAACAGCUGUUCGAAGAUAAUAGUAACAAGAGGACGGUUCUGACAACGCAGCCUAAUGGACUUACAACACUUGGCAAAUCUGGAUUGCCAGUGGUUCAGGACAGACAGUCGGAGAGUUCCCACAGACGACAAGGAAGCUCCAGCUCUUUAAAAUCUACAGAUGGGACAGGGAAAGUGAAAGCCUCCGUUAUGACACCAGAGCAGGCAAUGAAGCAAUACAUGCAAAAAUUAACAGCUUUCGAGCAUCAUGAGAUUUUCGGCUACCCUGAAAUAUACUUUUUGGGUCCAAAUGCAAAGAAGCGGCAAGGUGUGGUUGGUGGUCCAAACAAUUGCGGGUAUGAUGAUGACCAGGGGUCUUACGUGCAAGUACCCCACGAUCAUAUUGCAUACAGGUAUGAAGUCCUGAAAGUUAUAGGGAAAGGAAGCUUUGGGCAGGUGGUGAAGGCCUAUGAUCACAAGAUGCAUCAGCAUGUGGCACUAAAAAUGGUGAGAAAUGAAAAACGUUUUCACCGCCAAGCUGCGGAAGAAAUUAGAAUCCUGGAGCAUCUCCGGAAACAAGAUAAGGAUAACAACAUGAAUGUUAUUCACAUGUUGGAAAACUUCACAUUCCGCAACCAUAUCUGCAUGACAUUUGAAUUGCUGAGCAUGAACCUGUAUGAAUUAAUAAAGAAAAACAAGUUUCAGGGCUUCAGCCUGCCUUUGGUCCGCAAGUUUGCCCACUCGAUUUUGCAGUGCUUGGAUGCUUUGCACAAAAAUAGAAUCAUUCACUGUGACCUUAAACCGGAGAACAUUCUGUUGAAGCAACAGGGUAGAAGUGGUAUUAAAGUGAUUGAUUUUGGCUCAAGUUGCUAUGAGCAUCAGCGUGUCUACACUUACAUUCAGUCACGUUUUUACCGCGCGCCUGAAGUCAUCCUUGGUGCUCGUUAUGGAAUGCCCAUAGAUAUGUGGAGCUUGGGGUGUAUUCUAGCAGAGCUUCUCACUGGUUAUCCACUUUUACCUGGAGAAGAUGAAGGAGACCAGCUGGCUUGUAUGAUUGAGCUAUUGGGCAUGCCUUCCCCAAAACUCUUAGAUUCAUCCAAGCGAGCCAAAAACUUUGUGAGCUCUAAGGGUUAUCCCCGCUAUUGCACCAUCACAACCUUGUCUGAUGGUUCUGUAAUACUCAAUGGUGGACGCUCUCGAAGGGGAAAAUUACGUGGCCCACCAGAGAGCAGAGAAUGGGGUAAUGCAUUAAAGGGAUGUGAUGAUCCCCUGUUCCUUGACUUCUUAAAACAGUGUUUAGAAUGGGAUCCUGCUAUCCGCAUGACACCCAGCCAGGCUUUGCGUCAUCCCUGGCUAAGGAGACGGUUGCCAAAGCCUCCAACUGGGGAGAAGGCCUCGGCAAAGAGAAUUACAGAGAGCACUGGUGCUAUAACGUCGAUUUCCAAGUUACCUCCGACUUCAAGCUCAGCUUCAAAACUGAGGACUAAUUUGGCACAGAUGACAGAUGCCAAUGGGAAUAUUCAGCAGAGAACAGUGUUGCCAAAACUCGUUAGCUGAGUUUGAAAAACCCAAUGCUGUUAACAUGAGAGAUACAAUGUGGCUGAGCCUUAUUUAUAUGAAAAAGUAGCUCAGAUUUACAUUUUUAUUUGCUCAAUAACUUUAUUCAUUUGUAUCUUUCAGCACUCAUUUUAAAUGUAAGAAAUGUUGAUUUUGUUUUUAUAAAAAUAUGGGGACAAUGCUUUAAGUUUUUAUACUUAUUUUUUAAAACGUUUGUCUUCUACAGUACAAUUAGCCUUACUGUAACACAGUGUGACACAGUAAUAAACAUCAGUGGCAGGCCACUGGUUACAACGUGACUGUCAUGCAUUACAACGUGGUGUCAAAGGUAUUAAUCUUUUUCUUCCAUGGUUCAUAUUAGGUUUCACUUGGGGUAAAUUUGUUUGACUGUACCUUCUGGAGUUCACAGAUACAGGUCUUGAUCCUGCAAACACUCAUGCCUGUGCCUGAGUUGACUCCAGGGAGAAUACUCAAAUAAGUACAGUUAAGCACCUGUAAAACUGUUAUUUUGAAAUAGAGCCAUAGCAUGUAAUAUUGUCAUUUUCUAUAUAGAAGCCCGGAGAAAGUGGUAUCACUUAGUAAUGAUACAGUCACCUCCUAUGGAAUGCUUUCUCUAUUUGAAAACAAUGUUAUUGAUUAAAAUGAGCAUUUAAAUAUAAAUGCAAAAAAAUAAGAACUUCCAGGGCUAAAAUGAUUCUCUUCGCUUUCAUGCAUGUGGUAGAGUGAGAGGAACAGGCAGUCUGAGAAAGGACGGAGGUGGAAGUAUGUGUGUUCCUCUAAAUCUGAAAGUGACAGAUGAGUUGUUUUUUAAAGCUGAAGUCAUGUAAAGCAAAAUGUUCUGGACUUCAUUUCAGGUUUAUAGCAGUAAGCAUUCACACUGGGUCUUCCUUUCCUUUCUUUCCUUCUUCCUUUCCUUUCUUUCCUUCUUCCUUUCCUUUCUUUCCUUCUUCCUUUCCUUUCUUUCCUUUUUUCUUUAUUUUUUUUCUCCUCUCAUGGUUUAUUUUCUCUCCUAAUGUGCAGCUUGGCCUCCCUAAAUCACAUAGGCAGAAAUGCUUGUUCUGUCGCUUUAAUACUGUAACUUCCAGACUGUUAAUGCUACACGGAUUUCACAGACUGUUUGUUUCUCCUGACAAUGUCUGUCUGAUGGAUUGUGACCUCUCUGGUACAUUUACACUUCAGAUCAAAUCUGCAUGCGGGGCAAACACUAUGUUACUGUAUUGCUCUUUGUGGAAAAGUACAAAAAGUACAAAAGAAAGAAGUAUCAAAGGAAAGUGAAAUGAUUGAAAUUUGAAUUAAUCUUCAGCAUUGGUAGCUGAAAAUGACUCUGAAGGAACAGUUAGACAUACAUGUAGAUUUGUUUGCAUGUGUGUGUGUACAUAUGCUUGAUUUUUUGUUUUUGAUUUUAACUAGACUCAUGGAAGAAAGAUGGUCUUUAGUAGGGAAUAAUAUCUAGACCUACGUGAGAAGUAUAUUCCUGCAUUGUAGCAUAUUUUUAACAGGAACAGUUUUGAAAUCUGAGAUCAGUGUUUCAUCCCAUGCAAUGACUGUAGUCUACAAUGGAUGUAUAAAGCAUACGAAAAGGGAAUUUUCAACAAAGAGGAACAUAAUCUGGAAGGAUUUGUGGAUGUGAGAACAAGAGAGACUAGAAUGGAUUGCAUAAAACCUCAAUAACUCUAGUAUAAAUAAGAUUUAUAUGCACAGAUUUUAUUAAAUUACUUGUACAAGUUACAAAAAAUACUUAAAGCAUGGUCCCCUGAGAGGCCAAGAAAGUUUCCGGUUAAGUUCUCCUUCUUAUUCAUUAAUAUUUACCACUUACAGCUUAAUUUUGUUUGUUUGUUUGUGUGUGGUUUGUUUUUAAUUUAAUGUAAGACUGGGGGGGAGGGAUAUAAAUAAGAAAUGACAGAAUUCUCAGGAAACAUAUCACUCAACUUCUUGCCAAAAAGUCAACAUGUGAAGAAGCUCCAAAAAUAAUUUCAGAGUAGAGGGUGGUAUUUGUUGAUUGAUAACUGUAAACAAUAGAGCAUCAAUCAACCAUUUUUCUUAUUUUUUUUAAAUAUCAUUUCCUGCCUCUAGUCAAAUUAAAUUAUUUAGAUGUUAAAUGUUCACAAUUUUGUACAAUGUAUGUAAGUGCAAUAUGUAAACAUGUAUGGAAUCAUGUUAAAAAUGAAAUAUACAGCUAAGAAAAGUGGCUUUUGGAAUAUAAAUGUCCAUUAACUGGUGGUCCGCAAAUUCUAAGUCUGGAAAAGAAGUACAUUAAUUUUCAUACAAAAUUAACUGAUGAGAUUCUCAUGACUAUGGGAAUACAAUACUGUGUAUUUUUUUACAGUAGCUGGGAUUCUUUAGUUCCUCCAUCAACUACUUGGCUUUACCACUUGCUUUCUCCUUAGCUAUUUCUACAAAAGUUAAGAAAUAGGGAUGCUUGUAUUAGGGGUGGCAAAAGAAUUUUCCCUCUUAAUAUAUUUCAAAGAAAACAUUGAUACUUAUUCCUGCCUUUCAUGGAAAUUUAAGGUGAAAACAUUCAUAGUGUUCAUGGGUCAUUAAUGGGCUAAAACCACUAAAUUUUCUUUUUCAUAUAACCAGUUCUUAAUGCCAAUAAUGCAUUUAUGACUGACAUUCUUCAUAAAUGCUACCGGAAACUUUAAGGCCAAAAUAUAGUGUGCAGAGCUAUUUUUUUAACCCAGAUACCAUGGAACUUCCUCUAUACUCAAAAGAAGCAGCUACAUUAAGGUUUUUAAGUGAUAGAGCUGCUUUUUAUUGUAGCUUAUUUAUACCUGUAAAAAAGGAGGGAGGGGGGAAAGGAUGUUGCCUCUUGCUUUGAUGUGAUUUUAUUAUAAGGGCUCUGAUAAUUAGGCUGAUAGAAGUUGGCUUGGAAACAGUGCUUAGUCUCACAUGUUACCAUUGUCUGGGGAUGUCUGAGCUAUUUUCAGAUUUAGUAAUAGCACAGUGUUGUCUUGUCUUGGUUGCAGUCUCACUUGGCUCAGUUUCUUGCACCACUGGAGUGUUCAUUACCACUUAAGUGUAUUGGAACAACAGAGUGAUGCAAGAUGUGUAGAUUAACAAUAGAGGAUGAAUUGUGCCCUUGGUGUUAACAAUGUGCCUUUUGUUACAAAUGCCAUGUUGUAGGGCAUGCAUCUUGGCCUCUUUAACCCUUUGAAUACUGGAUAGUAAGGAUGAAAUCUAUUUUUAAAUGCUAUACCUGUCUUAAAACAUCGUAUAGAUUUUUGAGGCCUUAAUAGAAACAAUAAGGCAAUCACACUUCUAGGGUGGAGAGGACACUCUGUUCUUGCAGUAAGUCUCAUUAAGGGGUUAAAGAUGGCCCUUCCUCAUUGGUUGUACUUUAACAUCAAAUUGAUUUUUUUAAAUAAAUUUUUGUUAUGGUGAAACUAGACAAAAAUCAACUGUAUUUGUAAAAAUUUACCUCAAACUCUUUAGUUUUAUAGUGUGAUUUAAUCCCAGGGCAUUUGGUAUGAACCAAAGUGCAUUCCUUUUAUAUGUGCCUGGCUCUUAUAAAGGUGGCCAGGGAUUUUUACAAUUUGGGUGCAAGGCACUUAAGCCACUUUUAACUUGGUGGGUGGUUUGGAGUUAUAAAUGACUUCGUGGGAAUGUUGAAAACACUUUAGACAUAAGUAGCAGUGGGCAAUAUUAGAAUCUUUAGGAAAGGGUGUGCAUUAUUUAAUGCCCUCCAUUUUUUUAGCAUUUUUUCCAUCAAUAAUAUUUGUGGUAAGUACAAAAAGAACUCUUUUUCUUUUUUUUUCUUUUUCCAGUCAACAAAGAUUAUAAUAUUGUCCAAGUUAAUGCUAUGGUAGCAUUUAAAUAAAACAUUUGUGAAUUAUUGUUUCUAGGGGCUUGUACAUCUCUGCUACAAAUUGUAAUUACUCAGUUCAACUGCUACAAUGACGUCUAAGCAGUAGCUUGGGUUUUUAUUGGGCAAUGACUUAGACACGUGACUGUAAUAUGCUGCAACUGUGUGUACUGAAAACAUGUGAAAAACGAUUGAAUGUGGACUGUGUAUAUAUGUAUGUAUAAUUUUCUGUGAGAUGCUGCUGUUGCCACUUAACAUUAAAGAUGUUGUAGUGGGUUUUAAUCCUAGUGGCCAGUUUUAUGAUACUGUAUGUAUUGUACAGCUGAUGACAGGAGUUAAGACUGUUUUAGUGAAUAUUUGUUACAUUUUAUUGUUGUGGCCAGAGAUCAUUUCAGAAUAAAAUUUUAUGUCCUACUUUA